UAGGCUUUUGUCUUUUUCAGGUGCCCUCGAGGCCAGACCGCGGGAGUUGGUGACCCGGAGCUUUUGCGAGGAGUCUCCAGUUCCUGCGGCAGGUGCCCUCGAGGCCAUUCUCUGGGGCUCGGUGCCCCAGAGCUUUUCCCUGGCGUCUCCAAUCCCUGCAGCAGGUGCCCUUGAGGCCCGACUGCAGGAUGGCAGGGAGACGCUUCAGCCUGGGCAGGUGUCUCGGGAGGAAGAAGAAGGACGGCCCUGGGACUGGCCCAGCACAGCAGCCUGAGGAGGCGGAACGGUCCCAGCCCCUGCAGGAGGAUCCAGGAUGGACCCAGACACAAGAGCAGGACCGCGCCCGUGGCCGCUUCCGCAGGGCAGCACAGGCCUUUCUGAAAUUUGUGGGCAUUCGGCGUAGGAAGACCAGGAUCACACCAACCGAGGUCAUGGCACAGCCUGACCCCAUGCCGAGUGAGCUCACGGCCGAGGCUGAUGGUGCAACCACCCAGGGCAUGGCAGGCACUGACAUCACACCCGUUCAGCGCCUGCCCAAUGCUCCUAGUCUGGACAUUGCCGGGGAGAGAGUUGUCUCUGUGGAAGAAGCCGUGAAGCCAGACAGAGACAUGGAGCAGAGCCCCCCCAGGGUGCCCAAGCUGGCCUGGUUGAAGGAGGGGGAGGAGGAAGGCCCUGGAGCUGCCCCAUCACAGCAGCCUGAGGAGGCGGAGCGGUCCCAGCCCCUGCAGGAGGAUCCAGGCCGGGCCCGGACACAAGAGCAGGACCGUGCCCGUGGCCGCUUCCGCAGGGCAGCACAGAUGGUUUGCGAAUUCACCAGGUGCAUUUGGAGGGAAGAGACCAUUGCCAUGGGCGCUGGGGGCAUGGCAAACUCUGACCUCUCCAGUGCCGAAACCAGUGCUGCCCUGCUGGAUUUGCUUGUGGAGAAUGGUGUCUCCAAUGCCAAGAAAGUGCCGGCCUUGGUCAGGUACAUCCACCGGUGGCUCACGGCCAAUGCGUCUGCUGAGCGCAGACUAGACAAGGCUGUGCUGGCUCUGGUCGAGGCACACCCCGUGGAUGUGGCGGUGACUCUGCUGCGCUCUGCCCCAUCCUGUGACAGAGCUGCGGUGACCAUGUGGAGGACAAUCAUCUCCUCAAGAAGUACUGCCGAGUCGGUGCUGCAGAUACUUGCCCUUGUCCUGGGAAGCUGGCCAGCCUGCAGCAUGUGCACCUCAGAUGGGGAUGAAACGGAAGUCUUUGCCCUGGCUGCAACCUUGGCAUUCUGGAAGAUCCUCCAUCUGCUCUGCUGCACGCGUGCAGUGAGGGGGUGUUUCCCCAACCUCUUUGUGCAUCUGCUGUUCCAAGUGUUCUUCAGCACAGUGCAGAUGCUGGAGGAGGUUGACACCUUGUGGAGGGAAUGCCGGAAGCAACACAGCCUUCCCACCAACCCCAACAGGUUUGCAGUGCUGACCAUCAAAGCCCUGCUGCACCGUCUGCGCUGUGAGAGCGUGUUGGUGGCCAUGGAACGCAAGCGUGGCUGGGACACGCUGCUCAGCGCUGACACCCACCACUACGCGGUGGGUCUGCUGGCCAGGGAGAUGGGUUCUGCCUGCACAGCCUGGUGUUGCAGCAUCGUAUGUUGCCUCCUGGAGCUGCUCAGUGAAGAGAUGUGUCCCUGGGAGCUCCCUGCCAUGGCGUUCCUUGUGGAGGCCCUGGUCUACCUGGAGGUGACUGACUGCGGCGAAAGCAUCCUGCCGAUCCUUUCAAGGCACCUGUGGAGCGAGUGCCCAGAGAUGCGUCGCCAGGUGCUGAGAGGCCUCGUGGUGCUCGGCCAGGAUGCUGUGAUGGCCAAAAGAAUGCGCAGCCUGACCCAAAGCCUGGUUCAGCUCCUGUGGGACGCAGAUGUAGAGCUGGUCAGGAUGACCGUCGCUCUACUCGGCUUUCUGCUCUCGGACAAAGACAUCCGACUCUCCAGCCCCACCGCCCUGCAGUUGGCUGAGGCGCUCCAGCCGCUCUUCGACAACGCUGACAGCAGUGUGCAGCUGUCCUCCAUCCUCCUCUUCCGUGGGGUGAUGCUGAUGGUAGAGAAAGAGGGAAAAAAGCCCCUGAAGCCACACGUCCACCAGAGCCUGCUUCCACUCUUCUUCCACUGCCAUGAUGAGAACCAGAGAGUGGCAGAGGCCUCUGGGGAAGCGCUGCUUUGUGUGGCCGGCUUAGUGAAGAGGAGGGAUCUCGAGAAGAUCGUGAAGAAGAAGGAGCUGUGGAGGUUCAGCGAGUGCCUGCUGGAAAAGGAGCAGAGCCGAGUGGCCGAGUACCUGCGCCAGGCCCUUCCAUACCUGGAGAGCCCACAGGAGCCCCUGCGCGAGGCGGCCGUCAGGUUCACAGGGAUGGCCGGGAGGUAUAUGCAGGGACAGCCUGAAGAGCUGCAGGACAUCAUGGACACCCUUCAGGGUAUGAAGAACGACACCAGCCCCACUGUCUCGAGCCUGGCACGUCAGAGCUUCCAUGUCAUCGAAGCUGUCCAUAGAGCUCCAUCCUGCAGACGGCCACAGCUGUGAGACUGGCUCUGCAGGGCCUGCAAGACCCGGCCUGCUCUGUGGGGCAGUUUCUGCCUGUGCUGCCAGAGCUCUGUGGAGAAUUGACGUGGGAAGCUGUGUCUGCUGGGGCCACGUGAGCCUGUGAGGAAGACCCCUGCUCUGCAAGCACUUUCCUCUACCCCAGCAUGGGACUAUAAAAUUCCUCUUGUCACGUA